AUGAAGGCGUGGGAACGCAAGACUAUUCAGUCGAUGCGUGGCUUUAUGAUGAAUCAUUCGGUCGUUCUACGUCAUGUGGCUACUACGUGGAAUUCCGCUGAUGGUAUUACCCGUGGUACCUUCCCUAAUAAGGUUAGUGAAGAUAUGGUCAAGGCAACGGCCGCAUGGUGGAAGACCGAUGAUUUCACACUCGAAGCCCCUUGGGGCAUGUCAGUGGACUUCGACUUUGAACUGGUUGACGAAGGUAUUAUCAGUGAUGCUAAGGAAGAGGCCGCUGAUGAGACUGCGGAUCCCGUAAACCGGGUGGCUAAGCUGACGCUUGAGAGUGCUGAUGGCUCUUUGGACCUCAGUAUUAGGAAGCAUCAGGAUUUACUACGCCGACUUAGAAGAUGGCAAGCGAAGGCUCUGAAGAAGGCGUACCAAGAACCCUCAUGGGAAGAAGCUUGGUUGAGUCUUUUAUUAUGGAAGCAGUCUUCUUCGAAGGAGCUUUCAUUAAUUAAGUCAGUCAUCUUGGGUACCACCGACGCUGAGGGUAAGCACAAGGUAAGUGCGAACACCCAGCGUAGGUGGAAACUAUCUUACGAGGUAGAUGAGGUUACUAAGAUUCUGCAUCGCAAGAUUCGCCAAGAUAACUCGGGAAGGGUUAGGCGACAAGUGGCUAUACCUAAUGAUGAUAAGUUGGUGCCUUUAUUGAUUAAGAAAUAUCAUCAAGAUAGAGCCCAUGUUGGUAUAUCUGGUACACUGCAAGCCAUGUUGAAGGUGGUUUGGUGGAAAGAUAUACGUAAGAAUGUACGAGACUAUGUGAGGUCCUGUCAAGUAUGCCAGUUGGUACGUGGCCGCAAAUGCCAUCCUCAGGAUCCUGGGUGGAUUCACAGUGUCUUGCAGCCAUGGCAUUUAGUGGGAAUUGAUAUAACUGGUCCGUACAUUGAAA